AUUUUUUAUAUAUUUUGUCAUUUUUUGUUUGACAUAAGUUUUGAGGUUACAAACAAAGUUGUGCAAUAAAAGUCAAAAUUUAAAUUCAAUUUAAAUUUAUUCACUAUCAAUUAUAACCAACUAUAUCAGCUUAAAUAGGCUUGUGGAUUAAGAAUCAAAAUGAAUUCUAUAACUAAAUCCAGUGUAGGUAUAUUGCAAAUUCAAGAUAUUCAGAAAAACAUCAAAGAACCUCCUGCUUGCAGCCAAAACAUUUCAAAAGUCUUGACGAUAAAUGGAAAACUUUUAGAUCAAGAUGCAAGUCUCGAUUUAGCAGAGCUGUUUCCUCCAGAAGCCCUAGGAGCAGAAAAUAAAAUAAAUGAGACAAGCUGGACUUGUAAACAUUGCUCCAAAACAUCUUACAGCAUAUCUGAUUAUGCAAAACAUUUAAAAACACAUUUUAAAUUGAAGAGCAAAUCUGUUGAUGGGGAUAACCAGAAAAUUGAGUGUGAUAUUUGCAGUAAAAAAGUUGCACAAAUGUAUCGACAUUUGCAACAGCAUACUGGAGAGUUCGCAUGCCACUUGUGUUUAAUGAAUCACAGCCGUAAAACCUACCUCACAAAUCAUCAAAAAACAUGUAAAGAUGGAGACGGAAUCAUUUUACAAUGUGUUAUUUGCAAAUUAAUUGUUGAAACGAGGAAUGAACUUCGAGAACAUCUAAUAAAAAGUCAUUGUGAACCUCCAGAUAUAAAAAAUGAUGUCGUUGUAGGAAAUGGAGGAUGUGAUAAUAAAAAUCCUUCUAUAUUUCCUUGCUCAUAUUGCAAGAGAUCGUAUUCGAGGAGAAGUUUGUUGAGUAGACAUGUUAGGACGAAACAUAAUAUAUAUGGAUUGAAUGCCGAUGAAGAAUGUUUAAUAUGCCAUGUCAAAUUUAAUUCUGUGCGGACAGCUUUGAGACAUAAACAAAUUCAUAAGAAAGGAAAGUUAUUCAAGUGCUCGGAGUGCGAUCAGUCUUUCCUUGAU